CAACCCAUUCAAUCUCUCUCUCUCUCUCUCCCUCUGCUUCUUUCCGUCUUCACUGUCACUGUUUUUCUCUCAUUUUCCGAGGAAAAUUUACUGAGCCAAACAGAGCCUUCAAUUUCAAGUCACUUUGAAUGUUAUGUUUGAACAUUAAAUCACUUUGAAUCUGUUUGAGAGAAGCUGCUCCCAUAUUAAAAUCCAAGGACACUUCUUUUUCACUCCUUUGUUCUCUCAUUCACAAAUCGCACAGGAAAAAUAAAUAAUUGAAGUUUCUCUCUGAGAAGUAUACAUUUAUUUGUCCUUAGAUGGCAUUGGAAAUGCUGAACAGCCAGCGGUUUUUCAUGGGGUUAAGGCCGAUCGGAAAAUCGCCGGCGGUUUGAUGGAAUCGACACUCUUUAGUGCUGGAGCUUUAAACAUUUCAUGGAGUUUAUAAUUUGUUGCAGUCCAUGUUUGCUCACUAGAUUUGAUAUUAAGCUCAGACUUGCAGUUGUUGUUUUUGAGAUAGCAGUUUUAUUUUUAUGUUUUCAAGCUGCUUAUGCGGACACCCAAGAACACCCAAUUCAAUGGCGAGGAUCAGAAAGUGAAGGUGGAAACAUCGUCUCACAUUCAUGCAUUCACGACCAGAUAAUUGAACAGAGGAGGCGACCUGGUCGCAAGGUGUACUCUGUUACCCCACAGGUUUAUGAUCAGUCUAUUAUGUCAAAGUUCAUUCAUCAUAAAGGAAGGGCAUUGCUUGGAAUUUCAGAAUUGCAACUGCGGCAAAAGGAUGCAAAGCAACCUAUUAGGAUUUUUUUAAAUUAUGAUGCCGUUGGACUCUCACCUGAUAGAGAUUGUCAAAAAGUGGGCGACAUUGUGAAGCUUGGGGAACCAGCUGUGACUUCUCUUCCUGGCACUCCUCCUUGCAAUCCUCCACUUUAUGGUGACUGCUGGUAUAACUGCACUUUGGAUGAUAUAUCAGGGGAAGACAAAAGGCGUCGCCUUCACAAGGCUUUGGGGCAGACAGUUGAUUGGUUUAGGAGGGCAUUGGCUGUUGAGCCUGUGAAGGGGAACUUGCAGUUAAGUGGAUAUUCUGCUUGCGGACAAGAUGGAGGUGUGCAACUUCCACAUGAAUAUAUUGAAGAGGGAGUUGCUGAAGCAGACUUGGUUUUGUUUGUGACUACGAGACCUACCACAGCCAACACUCUUGCAUGGGCAGUUGCAUGUGAACGUGAUCAAUGGGGUCGUGCAAUUGCUGGACAUGUGAAUGUUGCUCCUCGCCAUUUGACAGCUGAAGCAGAGACAUUACUUUCAGCUACACUAAUUCACGAGGUGAUGCAUGUUCUUGGUUUUGAUCCCCAUGCAUUUGCGCACUUUAGGGAUGAGAGGAAAAGAAGGCGUGGUCAGGUUACUGAACAAGUCAUGGAUGAAAAGCUUGGGCGGAUGGUAACACGAGUGGUGCUUCCACGUGUUGUCAUGCAGUCACGGCAUCAUUAUGGGGCAUUUUCUGAGAAUUUUACGGGUUUAGAACUUGAAGAUGGGGGAGGACGUGGCACAUCAGGGUCACACUGGGAAAAAAGGCUUCUAAUGAAUGAGAUUAUGACAGGAUCUGUGGAUACAAGAUCUGUAGUUUCAAAGAUGACGUUGGCUUUAUUGGAGGACAGCGGUUGGUACCAGGCUAACUAUAGCAUGGCGGACCAUCUUGAUUGGGGUCGCAACCAAGGAACUGAUUUUGUGACCUCCCCUUGCAAUCUUUGGAAGGGGGCAUACCAUUGCAAUAGAACUCAGUUAUCAGGCUGUACAUAUAACAGGGAGGCUGAGGGUUACUGCCCUAUUGUAAGUUAUAGUGGGGACCUCCCUCAGUGGGCUCGUUACUUUCCACAGCCAAAUAAAGGUGGGCAGUCCUCUUUGGCUGAUUAUUGUACCUACUUUGUGGCUUACUCUGAUGGGUCAUGUACAGACUCUAACAGCACGCGGGCGCCUGACAGAAUGUUGGGUGAAGUUCGAGGGAGUAGCUCCAGGUGCAUGGCAUCAUCUUUAGUACGCACUGGCUUUGUGCGGGGUUCUGUGACCCAAGGAAAUGGUUGUUAUCAGCACAGAUGUGUAAACAACUCUCUUGAGGUUGCAGUGGAUGGUAUUUGGAAAGUUUGUCCUGAAGCUGGUGGGCCAAUUCAGUUCCAUGGGUUCAAUGGUGAGCUGAUUUGCCCUGCUUACCAUGAACUGUGUAGUAUAGGAACAGUUUCUAUAUCUGGACAUUGUCCUAGUGCAUGCCAUUUUAAUGGAGAUUGUGUUGAUGGAAAGUGUCAUUGUUUCCUGGGAUUUCAUGGUUAUGAUUGUAGCAAACGCUCCUGCCCUGGUAAUUGCAAUGGGCAUGGCAUAUGCCUUUCAAAUGGGAUCUGUAAAUGCCAAGAUGGUUUUACUGGAAUUGACUGUUCUACUGCUGCUUGUGAUGAACAAUGCAGCCUUCACGGUGGGGUCUGUGAUAAUGGAGUUUGCGAAUUCCGAUGCUCAGAUUAUGCAGGCUACACAUGUCAGAAUAGCUCCGCACUUCUCUCUAGCCUAUCUGUUUGCAGAAAUGUGCUGAAGAGUGAUAUGUCUAGUCAACAUUGUGCGCCCAGCGAAUCAAGUAUAUUGCAGCAACUAGAAGAAGUAGUUGUAAUGCCCAACUACCAUCGACUAUUCCCUGGUGGUGCCCGAAAGUUGUUUAAUAUCUUCGGCAGCAGCUACUGUGAUACAGUCGCUAAGCGAUUAGCCUGCUGGAUCUCCAUACAAAAGUGUGACAAGGAUGGUGAAGACAGACUUCGAGUGUGCCAUUCGGCGUGUGAGUCAUAUAAUUUAGCUUGUGGAGCAUCACUGGACUGCUCAGACCAAACCCUCUUCAGCAGUGAAGAGGAAGGCGAGGGUCAGUGCACGGGCUCUGGAGAGAUGAAGGCAUCAUGGUUGAAUCGUCUGGGGAUCAGGUUGUUUUCAAGUAGUGCUUCUCUCAAAGGGACAUCGGCAUCUGUAAAAUAUAGGCAGCUAUAAUUUUUUUUUUUAAUUUUUAUUUUGGCUUGUAAUUAAUUCAAGGGCUCCAUUUUAGGAAAAUGGCGGCGUGCGAUGCAGGUCUGUAGAUUUAGGUGGUUGUCCUUCACUCAUCCCAAAUGCCAUUUAAGAAAUUUUGGGUGAGAGAAGCUUCCAAAGAUGAAAGCAGCUUGUAGAGAUUUGGAAAUGUAUGUAAAAAGAUAGGGAGAGAAAAAAAGAAAGGACGAAGAAGGGUUGUUGAGGAGUUAAAGAGGUUGGGCCGAAGGCCUUUUGAAGAAUGAAAAAUCUCGAGUUUUCUUGCU